GUGUCAAGCAAUCCUCAGAACCAUCAGUCAUCCUUUAUCCCGGUCCAAAGCUACAAUAUCCUGAAAACAAUCUCGGCUUUGAAAGUGUAUUCGAUCUCGAAGUAAACCUGGAUAUCGCGAUACACAUUUAAGUAAAGCGUAAUGACUCUCGACGUGACCAGUUUCAUAGAUGGCAAGGGUGGAAACUCGGAGGAGAUUAGGGAAUCGCAGAGAAAACGCGGCGAAUCGGUCGAGCUUGUCGAUGAAGUGAUACAAAUGUAUGCAGAUUGGGUCAAGAUGGAUUUUGAAACCAAUGCACUAAGAAAGAAUAUAAAUGCAGUACAAAAAGAUAUCGCUGCUAAGAAGAAGGCAAAAGAACCUGCAGAUGAGCUGGUAGCCGCUAAAAAAGAACUGGACGCGCAAGUAGAGGCGAGACGUCGCGAGGCGAAGGAAUUCGAACUACGGAUGCGACAGAAAGCAAGUACUGUAGGCAACAUCGUUGGCAGGAACGUCCCCGUCAGCCAAACAGAGGACGAUAAUGUGACGAUACGAACGUGGCAUCCCGCUGGUCCAAAUGAACAAGUGGAGAAAAAGACUGACAUAAUGCCCCAUCAUGAAGUCCUACUACGACUAGAUGCGAUGGAUCUUGAUCGAGGUGCCAAGAUCGCGGGACACAGAGGCUACUUCUUGACCGAUGACGGUAUUGACUUAAAUCAAGCCAUGAUCAUGUAUGCACUCGACUUUCUUCGAAAGCGCGGGUACAAAAAGAUACAGCCACCUUUCAUGAUGAACAAGGACGUUAUGGCCAAGACCGCACAGCUCGACCAAUUCGAUGAGGAGUUGUACAAGGUCAUCGCGAGCGAAGACGAGAAGUACCUCAUUGCCACCUCGGAACAACCCAUCUCGGCCUUCCACUCGGAUGAGUGGUUCGAGGACCCAAAAACGCAACUUCCGCUCCUUUACGCCGGUUAUUCGACUUGUUUCCGAAAAGAGGCAGGCUCAGCAGGACGGGAUAUGUGGGGUAUUUUCCGUGUGCACCAGUUUGAGAAGAUUGAGCAGUUUGUGCUGACGGCGCCCGAGGAGAGCUGGGAGAUGCUCGAUAGGAUGUUGGGGAACAGCGAAGCAUUCUAUCAGAGUCUUGGGCUACCCUACCGCGUAGUGGCGAUAGUCAGUGGUGCGCUGAACUUGGCGGCGGCGAUGAAGUAUGAUUUGGAAGCUUGGUUCCCAUUCCAAGGCGCAUAUAAGGAGCUGGUGUCGUGCUCGAACUGCACGGAUUAUCAGAGCAGACGGCUUGAAGUUCGGUGUGGACUCAAGUCGAAGGAUCAACAAAGGAAAGUGUACGUUCAUAUGCUCAACGGCACGCUCUGCGCAACUGAGCGUGCCUUAUGCUGCCUCGUUGAGAACUAUCAGACUCCUGAUGGGCUGGUAAUACCCGAGGUCCUUCGGCCGUAUAUGCAAGGUCGUGACUUCUUGCCAUGGGUCAAGGAAUUACCCAAAGGAUUGCAGAAAAAGCAAGCAUAGAGGUUCGAGAUGUGAGAAGGAUGGCCGAGAUCUUAGGUGAUAAUGGAACGGGAAGUCUGCUGUACAGGAUGUAAUUUUCUGUUUAUAUGUUAGAUUCACUACAACAUCGGUGCUUUGUUUAGAAGGAAAACAGAAAUAGGGUCGCCCAUUAAACCAGAU